UUUUCGUUAUUCGCGAAUAUGUACUGUAGUAUCAUAGAAAAGGAAAAUACUGUAUUUUCCUUUCCUGAUACUGUAUUUUAUAAAGGAAAAUACUGUAUUUUUUCACAGUAUUUUCCUUUUCUAUGGUAUGUACAUUCAUAGUGCUAGAGUGUCUAGUGAUUAAUUACUUUGUAAGACAGUGUAUUAAUAAUGAAUACGUUCGAUGGGAUUUUUACAAAGCUUUAAGGCCACGGUGACAACUCUACCUCUGCUGAUACUUAUUAAUGCUUGUCACUUACAGUACUUUCAUUUGCACCGGGUAGCGAAGGGACGUGAUAGGUCUGGUGAAAAUAUUCAUUUUCGUUUUAUUGUUUUCCCACAUUUCUUCCUUUGUGUCUGCCCUAGCAUUCUUCCAAAGGUUGUACAAGGGGUUCCUUUUCUGGUCUUAAUGUUUGCAGUGAUGUGCGUCGGUGCUUUGCAGUGACGUCAGUUUCCGUUUAACGGAAUAACCCGGUAAUUCAGUGAAUCUAAUUAACAGGAAAUUAGUAAAAAAAUGAUUUAUUUCAGCGCAGUUGAAAUUAAGAUUUUCUGCCCAGAGUUUUUAACUGAUCGUUUUGCGUAGUUUGAGUGACCAGGACGCGUUCACCAAGAUGGAUACAGUAUUCGUUAAAUUGUGUGAUGACUCGGAUACAUGUUGUUGCCAGUUAAUGGGAUGUCAAAGGCGCAUUAAACUAUUGCAGUACUUCGCAAAGAAAAGUUCUUGAUGGUUGAAUAAAGAUGAGUUUCACCGUUGACAGCGCGGCUAACUUUGAUCACAUGGAUCAUUGUGUUGACGGCAGUUGUUGGCGUUAGGCGUUUUUUGCUGUGCAAAGCAUGUUGAAGCGCCUCAACACUGUUUUUAUUGCAGAAUUACACAGGUGUAAAUUAUCAGCUGCAACCAGAUUUUACUGCCAGCCAAGAUUAGUCGGAUAGUUCUGUCGUUCUUGGUUGGGAUUUUAUGUCGGUUGAGCCAUGCCGGAAUCGGCAGUAACGAAGGACGCCAUUCAGCGGCCUGUUGGCACUAGGGAGGGACGUCGUGCCGGUAUUAUGCCACAAUCAUCCCAUCCGGCCUCGACCACGGAAGAGGAUCUGCGUCAUAAGGAAUGUAUUUCACCCGAAGAUGUCAUGAAUCUGAAUGCAAUUACCAAAGAUUAUUUAUGCUCGGCGGAUGCCAAUAUUUAUGAUAUUGAUUUUAUUCGCUUUAAAAUUCGUGAUAUGGAAACGGGAAUGACGUUGUUUGAAGUGCAGAAGCCGCCUGGUUAUGAUGUGAAACAUCCCGGUGAGCUGGGCCUGGAUAGCGAUGCCGGGCGCUUUGUGCGCUACCAUUUCACGCCCUCCUUCCUUAAAUUGCGAUCAGUCGGUGCCACAGUGGAAUUUACCGUUGGCGACAAACCCUUGACGCAUUUCCGGAUGAUUGAACGGCAUUUCUUUCGGGAUCGGGAAUUGAAGUGUUUCGAUUUUGAGUUUGGUUUCUGCAUUCCUAACAGCAAGAAUUCCGUAGAACAUAUCUACGAGUUUCCAGAGCUUCCUCCAGAUCUGAUAAAAGAGAUGAUUGCCCAUCCCCACGAAACCCGAUCGGAUAGCUUUUACUUUGUGGAUAAUAAGCUGAUUAUGCACAACAAGGCCGACUAUUCCUAUGAUGAACCGGAAGAAUUGAUCAAUCCAUGAUUAUUUAGCUGGAAUAUGAAAUGGAUACCCACGCCAUUGGUGGUUCAGUCUGCGUACUUUGUUUGUCCACCUGCUUGGUCAGAAUCUGUAAAAAUCGUGGUUUUCAGUAUUCUACGCCUGUAACUGGAGCAAUCGCUUCCGUCCUGUUAUACACAUCGUUUUUAGGACGUUUUGGCUUUUGUGGCAUUUUAUGCCAGUUAUUCUUUUCUUCGAGAAGAUUGUUGGAUCGUAGUUGAAGUACUCGUAGCAUUCUUGCUUAUUUUCGAUUGUCUUUUUCUUACAUCAGCUACGAAAGUACGUACGCAGAUGACGUACAUAAAACGAUGGAAAUG